UAUCACGAAAAAAGAAUAAAAAAAUUACGCGACUAUAUAAUGAAAUAAAAAGAUAUGUCACGGGCUUGCCUGCACGGCCAGAAUUGCCUCGAGGUGCGUCAUUUUCGGAUGCGUUGCCGCAGGCGCGGUUACAAAAAUUAUAAAUUUUUCCUACUAUGGAAGCCCUAGGGCUCAUGAUCGGUUUGAUUUCAAACAUACCUCAAAAUACAGUAUAUUCCUUUGUGUUCAUCAGAACAUAGAGAUUUAUACAGGUUUGUAACAACAUUAGCAUGACUAAAUGAUGACACAAGUUUUAUUUUUGGGUGAACUAUCCCUUUAAAACUUUGGCCGUGGCUGUAUCCCAUCUAGCCCUAAACCAUUCGAUCCCAGGUCUGUUAAAUUACCUUCAUUACCAAAUAGGCUAUGUCACACACAAAACGUGUGACUUGUCGAUUGUAAAAAGAUAAAUAAAACCGCACGUUUCUGCAAACAAAGCUGCUUUGCUUGUUAUCUCAUGGUUAUUUUCCUGGGCAUGAACUGACUGAACGUGACAAAAAAUCUUAAAUAUGUUUCGCCGGCAGUUCACUAGCUUUUAAGACACAGUUAUGAUAGCUAAAAGUGAUGCAUAGGCGAAGGGAAUACCCCCUGAAUCUCUUCCGUCAGUUCGUGGGCUGUGUGAGAUCAUUGAAACAGACGCUCAGAAGAGGCGACGAUGCGCGAGUGUUCGGAUGCUUUAUAUCUCUCUCUUGCCUUUUAUUUCACUCUGGCUAUUUCUAAAGCAACAGGAUCCUGUGACUGCGGCAGACCACCCUGUACAGUAAACACAAAAUGUAACUUCACAGAAGGAGCUAAUGAUUUUACAUGCUAUAUAAAAAAUGGAAAACAGUUUUACAUCUGUGAGUGGGAACCCGGAGAUAUCUCAACCUCAUACACACUCUGCAUUAAACAGAGGAGGUGCAAAUGUGUAAAGAACACAACUUCAAUCGCAGGCAAAAUCCCUGUAAUAGAAAAUGUCAACAACAUGAAAGCUUAUGUUAUUGCAACAAGUGAAGAUCAGACAAGCUGUACCUACAAAAGUUUAAGUGGUGAUCCAUCAAAUAUGAGUAUUUGCAGUCCUCCAUCAGCAGUAGUCUUUGAAAGAAAAUUAGGAAAUAUGUCUGUUCAAGUAAAAUGGGAAGCUGAGAGUCUUAUAAAAAAGUUCUCUGUAAAGUACAGAGAGUUCAAACCUAAAGCGGAGUGGAAAGAGCAACUAUCUAUAAACAAUAUAGAAUGUUAUAUAUGGAAUCUGACAUCUGUUCUGCCAUAUGAGAUGCAAAUACAGUGCAUUCCCAAUGCAGACUGUUUCCAGUGUCCUCCUGGUGAGGUCAUCAUUGUCCCACGUGAACUUAUGGAUGCCCCAUACAUUCAGCAUGAGAUUCAAGACCAUGUAAAGGAUCCAGUUGUAUUAGCAGGACAAAGAAAAGUGAUUGUGAAGUGGAAGUAUGCAUACAGUGAGGCUGUGACUUACUACAAUGUGACUGUAAGAAAAGUCUGUGGGGAGUCCAUCAAGGAUGACAGUUUUGCCACCAAAGAUGCAACCAUCACCCUGUUUCUGUCUUACUCCGGCUACAACAUUAGCAUCCGGGCCUUCAACAGUGCUGGAUCGUCCCCUGCUGCCAGUAUAAUCAUAGACGACAUGGAUGACUACCUGCAGAAUACUCUGGAUUGGUAUCGCCCAUUCAAUGUCAGCAUAACCAGCAACAACAGUUUCAGUCUGUGGUGGAGCAGCUCCGUCUUAAGUGUGUGUUUCUCUGUAGAGUGGUGGGCAAGAGGACAGAUACCAGCUUUCCGAUCAUUCUACAUGGAUAGACAGACGACACACAAGGAGAUAACUGAGAUUACUGAGAGCACGUUUCAACCCUAUGUGAGGUAUUACUUCGUCCUGCACACCAGACCAUACAAAGACACCUGCAACAUGAAAAACAUAAAUGACAGUGAAAUAACCUAUGGCACGUCCCAAGCCUACCUCACUGAAGGAAUUCCUAUCAGUGCUCCUGGAAAUGUGACAGUUUUGAACAUUACCCAGCAUUCCUCAGUGAUCACAUGGAGCCCUGUACCCGAGGAAGAUUUGCGUGGAUUCUUGCUAGGCUACAAAAUUUACUACAUAGAGGAUGACACUGAAUCAUUCACUGUAAUGCAUCCCAGUCUGAACAGCUUUGAGUUGCAGAAACUCAAAAGCAACAGUGCAUACCGCGUGCAGCUGGCUGCGUUUACUGCAGCUGGGGAAGGCCAACGCAGUGAUCCCAAACCAUUUGUUACAAACACGCUGGAAUUCACAGCCUUGAACAGCAUUAUAGCUGCAGUCAUCAUGGGAAUCAUCAUCCUUUUACUAGCCGUUCACCUCAGCUGUCGACUACUGCACAGAGCCAAGAAACUGCUUUGGCCCAGUAUACCAAAUCCCGGAAACAGUAAUGCAGUUCAGAAAAUCGAAAUUGGCCAUGAACUGAAUAUCCUUGAGCCACUCAUCAGAAAGAAGCUUGAGGAGAGCGAGGCAUGUGACCCCAGUGCAGUAUGUGUUGUUGAGAGGAAAAAAGAGGCAUCUCUUCUCAGCAGCUCUUCAAUACUCGAGGCUGCCGUAAGACCCCCCGUCCCCCUCCUCAGUGAAGAGGAAGACAGCACAUCCACAUCGGAAGACAGCACAUCCACAUCGGAAGAAAUGGCAACCAUAGACACCCCAACAUUUGAACCGAAUAAAGAGUCUGUUCCAACGGAGGACUUUCCUAUGAACCUGAUUAACAUAGAACCUACUUUGAGUGCUUCAAUGGACAACAAAGCCCCCGAAGAUUCUUCUAAAUCUCAAAGUGACUUAAUGCCAGCAUCUCCUGUGAAGCCUGCUGUGGUUUUCAUGAGUGACUACACCACUAUGGAAUUUUUCCAGCAGGUUGCUAGGGCUGGGAUCCAGAGUACAUCCUUCCAAACAGGACAACAAGGACUUGUUUUCGUAAAUCCAGGUCAGGAUUACGUUCGUCAGUCAUCUUAUGCAGAAAAUAAACAAUGUCAUGGUCAAAUUUACGAGUGCAAAUAAACACCUUUUUGCCAGUAUGGAAACCUAAGGAUUUUCUUUGAAACCUGACUUUGAGUUGGAGAUAUUUGUUAACAAAUCAUGGUGGAAAUGAAUAGUUUUUCAGGAAUAAUGAUAAAGCUCGCCAGAAAUUGAAUAAUUGGCUAUUUUUAUUAUAAUUGUGCAGCAUGUACAUCUGUAUUCACCGGAGGUUAGGUGAAUAACAGCUUGUGGCUUGCUCUUUAUUGGUCAAAAUACCUAAUCACUAACAUACCUUACAGCUGUAUACCUAUACACAUAUAAAUGUCGUGUAAAUACUGUAUAGUUAUAUAUCCCAACUUAAAGGGGACAUUUUACAAGACUUUUAAAAAAUGUAAAAUAAAUCUUUGAUGUCCCCAGAGUAUGUGUGUGAAGUUUAGCUCAAAAUACCCAAUAGAUAAUUUAUUAUAGCAUGUUAAAAUGGGGUGAGACAAAAUGUGCCAUUUUUGGGUGUGUCUGCUUAAAUGAGCUGAGCCUAUAUUCUUAUAGCUUCUUAGAAUCCAUUCAGGGAGCUCAUAUUUUAGUGUAAAAAUAUCUUUGUAGGAGUCUUAGCUUAAGAGCCAUCUGAGAGCAACUCUGAACAAGGAAAAUACAAAAACUUUUGUUUUUGUGAGGAGGCGGAGCGGACCCUGUUGCUACGUAUGACACAGUCUUUUGAUACUGUGAUUGGCUGGUUGUCUAAGAAGGAAGAAAAAGAGUGCUUUUAAGUAUAGGAUCUAUUAUAAGGCAUCAGUUUGUUUUACUCUUUUGCCUGUUUCACAGUACACCCCCCCUCCUCUCUCUCUCACGCACACACAACUUCUAUUUCUGGCGCUAUGACAUUUCUGCUCUGUGUUGGAGAUGUUAGCAUGUCUCCAUGCAUUGUGUGCAACACUUUUUUUCUCCCUCUUCUUAUUUUGUCCACUUUCCCUGCAGUUAAAGAAACUCUUAAGCCUCUUAAAAGUCCUCAAUACUCCUAACAAACUUGGAAAUUAAAGGGCCGUUCACAUUAUAACGAUACCGGGCGAUAACAAUACAUUUAUGCUAAUUCACUCGCGCAAAUCACUUGCCUUUACUAUUUCUUGUAAUAAAAAUUUUGCAAUUGUUUACAUGUCACUGAAUGGUUUAUCGUUCAUCAGGUGGGGAAAAAACGCUCAUAAGUGAUCUCAACGGUAUCGUUCAUUGUAUCUUUAUCACUAUAACUGUUCUCUUUAAUAUAAAACAAUU